AUGAAAAGAAGUAGAGCCGACAGCCAACUUUUUUUGAGGUAUAUUUAUGUUGAGUCUAAAUUAUGGCUGCCUCUCAAGACGGGGCUCUUAUUAUACAAAGCGAGGAGCAUUGCCAAACGGUUCGAAGCAGGUGAACAGUCAACUGUGCUGGACGAGUUCCAGUUGACGAAAUCCCAGUACUCUUCGUUCCGCGCCGACAAGCCGCUGUACCGUGCAAUGGUCAGCGAGUCUGAACGGCGUGAACUCAGUAAACUCUUCCCUUCCUAUAAGCCGCUGAAUAUGGCGCUUGACGAGUUUCAGCUAACCGAGCGUGAGUGA